CAUUGAUUGCGCCUUCCGAGUUCCGACCCCUUCCGAGCGAGGACAAUCUUUUCUUUGGAUUAGGGUUUCAGAUUAUUGAGGUUCUCUCGGGGUUCCUCGUAGAAAUGGGAGGGGGGAACGGCCAGAAAGCGAAGAUGGCUCGCGAGAAGAACAUGGAGAAGCUGAAAGCUUCUAAGGGAAGUCAGCUUGAAUCAAACAAGAAAGCAAUGACUAUUCAGUGCAAGGUAUGCAUGCAAACCUUUAUCUGCACCACGUCAGAGGUCAAAUGCAGGGAACACGCCGAGGCAAAGCACCCAAAAUCUGACGUCUAUACUUGUUUCCCACAUCUUAAAAAAUGAAAGAAUAAACAAGAAAGAAUGGUGUCUGAGGCACAUUCCAGUAGCAACCUCGCCUCGUUGUUUGCCUGUGAUUCGCCUUUUCGACUCAGUAGCAGGAUCCAUGAUUUCUGAACAUGUACUCUGUGUGCGUGCCGUUUAGUAUGUAAUUGUUUAAGGUAUUGCUCUCAUGUAACAGAAAUUUGACUUUGGAUCAAUAUAUUAGUGGUAUAUUUUCAAUGAUCUUAUUGGACUGGCA